AUGGAGGGGAAGGAGCAGGAUGUGUCGUUGGGAGCCAACAAGUUCCCGGAGAGACAACCCAUUGGUACGGCGGCACAGAGCCAAGACGACGGCAAGGACUACCAGGAGCCACCGCCGGCGCCGCUGUUUGAGCCUUCGGAGCUUACGUCAUGGUCGUUCUACAGAGCAGGAAUAGCAGAGUUUGUAGCAACUUUUCUGUUUCUCUACAUCACCAUCUUAACCGUCAUGGGUGUCCUCAGGUCCCCCACUAAGUGCCAAUCCGUUGGUAUUCAAGGAAUUGCUUGGGCCUUCGGUGGCAUGAUCUUCGCUCUCGUUUACUGCACCGCCGGAAUCUCAGGGGGUCACAUAAACCCCGCGGUUACGUUUGGGUUGUUCUUGGCGAGGAAAUUGUCUUUGACCAGAGCGCUGUUCUACAUAGUGAUGCAAGUGUUGGGAGCUAUCGCAGGCGCUGGGGUGGUGAAGGGUUUCGAGGGAAAAACCAGAUACGGUGCAUUGAAUGGUGGAGCCAACUUUGUGAGCCCUGGUUACACCAAAGGUGACGGACUUGGUGCUGAAAUUGUCGGCACUUUUAUCCUUGUUUACACCGUUUUCUCAGCCACCGAUGCCAAACGUAGCGCUAGAGACUCUCACGUCCCCAUUUUGGCACCUUUACCAAUUGGGUUCGCUGUGUUCUUGGUUCACUUGGCCACCAUCCCCAUCACCGGAACCGGUAUCAACCCUGCUCGUAGUCUCGGUGCCGCCAUCAUCUUCAACAAAGACCUUGGCUGGGAUGAUCACUGGAUCUUCUGGGUGGGACCAUUCAUCGGUGCGGCUCUCGCUGCCCUCUACCACCAGGUCGUAAUCCGCGCCAUUCCCUUCAAGUCCAAGUGA